UGAAAAAAAAUUACUGGGAACGUUCCAACCAACGGUACAUCUCGUGCCCUUCGGUGCCGAACCUACUUUUCAUUUGUCAAGUUUUUCAGAGCGUGUGUUGAGUUUUAAUUCUUGUUACCGGCUAAAUUCCUUCAGCAAUCUUAUCUUUGUUGGGUGUUUUUUUAAUGCGAACUGCGGUUAUGGAGUGCCGAGUGCUGUCCAUUCAGAGUCACGUUGUCAGGGGAUACGUGGGGAACAAGUCGGCAACAUUUCCCCUGCAGGUGCUGGGCUUUGAAGUGGACUCCAUCAACUCUGUGCAGUUUUCCAACCACACAGGCUACGCCCACUGGAAGGGGCAAGUUCUGACCGCAGAGGAACUGAACGUGUUGUACGACGGCAUCAAGCUCAACAAUGUCAACCAUUACGACUACAUUCUCACAGGGUACAGCCGGGACACAUCCUUCCUGGAAACUGUGGUUGAUAUUAUCAAGGAACUGAAGAAGGCCAAUCCCAGCUUGGUGUAUGUUUGUGAUCCUGUCUUGGGAGACCAUGGUGCGAUGUAUGUUCCAGAGAAGCUGUUGCCUAUCUACAAGAAUAAAGUUGUGCCUUUGGCAGAAAUCCUUACCCCCAACCAGUUUGAAGCAGAGUUGCUAACUGGGAAGAACAUUUCCACAGAGGAUGAUGCUAUCAAGGUGAUGGACUUGCUUCAUGAAAUGGGUCCAGAGACGGUGGUCCUCACAAGCACAGACUUGCCAUCUAAACGUGGGGAUCAGUUUUUGGUGGCCCUUGGGAGCCAAAUAAUAAGAAAACCAGAUGGGACCAGCACUUGUCAGAAAAUUAGUUUGGACAUCCCUAAAGUUGAUGCUGUGUUUGUGGGAACAGGAGACCUGUUUGCUGCCAUGCUGCUAGCCUGGACUCAUCAUCACCCCAACGACCUAAAGACUGCCUGUGAAAAGACCAUUUCCGUUAUGCACCAUGUCAUUAAGAGGACCAUCACUUAUGCUAAUGGGGUGGCUGGUCCUGGGAACAAGCCCAGUCCUGCACAGCUGGAGCUGAGGAUGAUCCAGAGCAAAGCUGACAUUGAGAAUCCUGCCGUCGUAAUAGAAGCAAAGGUUUUACAAACGUCUAUGGACAAAAAAUGUUAGACUUUUGUUAGCAUUCAUGUUGUGUUGGUACAAAUCCAGAUGGUGUACCGGGACCCAGGUAGGAUUUUCCCAUCAAAGACAGUCUCGUGUCUCUGCCUUACAAAACCUCUGAGAGAGUACAACAACGACAACAGGAUGCGCUGCGUUUUCCCCCUCAACAAACACACUGGUAUCACUGCCACGUGUCUGUUCCGGCCUGUGUCGACUUCAUCCGUUUGUCAGUAAAAACAAAAUGAUUAUUUAGGUUUAAGAAUUAUACACAAAUGCUCUUGAAUUGUCUUUAACAUCGUAAAAACAUAUUUCUUAGAAAAUAAAUCAUUCCAGUUCUCCCGAAGAGGAACCCAGUGAUUUGUGCAUGAUCAUGCCGUUGCUUGUUUGGACCGUCACAUGACUAACCUCAAGUACUUAGAAGCAAACUGCUCACAGGGCAUUAUAAGCACACUAGUAUACUGUUUGUAAUUACGUGAAAACAUUUUAGGUCCACGAGGGAUGCAGAAGCAGUAAGGGAUGGACAAUUUAGAAAAAAAACAUUUGAAUUUGUCAGUAAUUGUUGGACCUUUCUUCCACCCAACCCUUCUUAAAUUUCUACAAACACAAGCAGCAAUUCAUGUGUCUCACAUGUUCCUAAUUACUUUUUUACUGAUGCAGGGCUAAUUGACACAGCACGACAAACUAUAGAGGCAGAGAAAACAGUCUUAAUGAGAGCUAAUCUCAGUUGCUACUUUGAUUUUGUAUAAUUGCCCGUUUUAUGUUUUUGCCUAUAAUAAUAAUGAGCGUCCACAUGGUUGGGCUCUCCGUGAAUUAAAGUUUAAUCACCCAAAGUCUUCAGCUAGAAAAACCCAGUGGUUCCCAAAGUUUUCACCUUUAAACCCACAAAAUCAAAGUUGCAGAAACUUGUGACUCCUGUUGGCUGAAUUGUACAAACAUUACUAAUGAGCUUUUUAACAAAAAAGUCUUCAGUGAUUAUAUAUUUGCUACUUUUUUAUAUAUAUAAACAAAUAAGAUUAUAUAAACUAUUAGCAAGAGUUGAAAAUAUAAUUUGAUUCAUUAGAUGUCAAACCUUCAUAAGGCAGAGUCAGUUCCCAACCUCAACUUUAGGAACCACUGCUCUAAUUAAAAGGACUUCAGGUACAGAGACAUGUGCUGUUGAUGAUUUUUUGCUAGCUUGCGGUUUUUAUAUUCCUUUAUUUUCACUAAUCCAAUAGAUAAAUGUGGAGGAGUAUGCAUGUAUUCUGGCAGUAAAGCUGCACUUACCUAUGCUCAUAGUUCCACUUUACAAUCCUUUUAAAAUAAACUACAAUGGCAGAAAGAGACACUGGGUGCGUCACUUUUUAUUUUUAUUUUUUACAACAGUUGCGAAGAUCGUGCUAAUUCCUCAAAUUCGCCUAUUUUACCUAGACUACAAAUAUUGAAAAAUCAUUGCCCCAUCCUGAAAAGUAGUGGGUGUAUUUCUGCUAAAUGACUUUGAUCAAAUGAUACAAGUGCAUGCUGUGUGCUUAAAAUGCUAUUCAAUGUUUUAUGGCUUCAAGUAAAUUUAGUGAAGUACUCGGAUAUCUAUUGUCACGCCAAGACAAUGUUGACCAUUUUAUGCAAAUUCUCACUAACCUGGUUAAACUUACUGUUUUAUAGAUACAAUUUUAUUUAAAUGAUAAUUAUAGUAACCACCGUGAAAAAUGUUUAACUACUUUUUUUAAAUUAUGCAAUGCUCUGUUGAACUAGCAGGUGUGUAACAUGUUAGAUUCAUGUUCUAUCUCAAAUUGAGGUAUUUGCACAGAUAAUCUUUAAUAUAUUUACUAAAUGAUGCAAUGCGUGUUCAUCUUUGUUACAGCUCACAAAAAGAAUCUGUACAAGAGACCACACUGUUUAGCCUUAACAGGUUUAGAGAGGCAAAAUGUCCUGAAUGUUUGUUUUUCGCUAAAAGCAGACCCUCACACGUAGUGUUAAGAGUGAAGUGCCAAGCCUUUACCUGUUGUUCUGUUGUAGAGCACUAUAUGAACAGAGAAAAUAA